CAGCCACUUCAAGUUGUGCCAUCUUGUCCAUCUAUCCAUAUUUUCCCAUUUCAACAACUUUUUUUUCUUUAUUUAUCUUUUCUUUCUCAUAAAAUUCUGCUUCAUUUAUUAACCCAUAACAAUAAUUGCAACAAAAAAGAAGAAGAAGCCAUAACAAUAUCAACAAUGAUGAUGACAACAAUGGAAGGAAUAAUGGACAAAGCUGUAAUAGAUGAUGUGAUUAGAAGAUUGUUAGAAGGAAAAGGUGGAAAACAAGUUCAGCUUUCUGAAUCUGAGAUUCGUCAACUUUGCAUCAACGCUAGACAGAUUUUUCUAUCUCAACCUAUUCUUCUUGAUCUUCGUGCUCCUAUCCGCAUUUGCGGUGAUAUACAUGGCCAGUACCAAGAUUUAUUGCGACUUUUUGAAUACGGCGGCUUCCCUCCGUCGGCGAACUACUUGUUUCUUGGUGAUUAUGUUGACAGAGGGAAACAAAGUUUGGAGACAAUAUGCUUGCUUUUGGCUUACAAAAUAAGGUAUCCGGACAAAAUUUUUCUCUUAAGAGGAAACCACGAAGAUGCAAAGAUAAACCGGAUAUAUGGUUUUUACGACGAAUGUAAAAGGAGGUUCAAUGUUAGGCUAUGGAAGAUAUUUACCGACUGUUUUAACUGUUUGCCGGUAGCUGCACUCAUUGACGACAAAAUACUUUGUAUGCACGGAGGAUUGUCUCCCGAGUUACAAAGUUUAGAUCAGAUAAGAGAGGUUGUGAGGCCUACGGAAAUUCCUGAUAAUGGUCUCUUGUGUGAUCUGCUUUGGUCUGAUCCUGAUUCUAGUAUUGAAGGUUGGCAAGAUAGUGACCGAGGCGUUUCGUGUACUUUUGGACCUGAUGUUGUCGCAGAUUUUUUGGAUAAAAAUGAUCUUGAUCUUAUAUGCAGGGGUCAUCAGGUUGUCGAGGAUGGAUAUGAGUUUUUCGCUAAACGGAGAUUAGUCACGAUAUUCUCUGCCCCAAAUUAUGGUGGGGAAUUUGACAAUGCCGGUGCAUUAUUAUCAGUUGACGAAUCUCUUGUAUGUUCCUUUGAGAUACUGAAACCCGCUGAUAAGGAAGUAGGGACAAGUUCAGCAAAAAUGAAUUUUAAGAAGCCCCCAACAUUGGGAUAGAUAUAGUAAUUCGACAACGAUUUUCUCGGUUCAAAUAGGAAUCCAGCUAACUCAGAGUUGAAAUCGUGGAGUAGGAGUUUGACAUGGGAGAGGCAAACAUUUUUUUCAAGUUGCAGAUUGAUAAUCGUAUAAUGGUUGAGACCAUAUUGUAAGUUGAAAUACCCAUGCAUCCUUUUGUGCAGAAGCAGUAAUUUGUUAUUGCUUUUAUGCACUAGUUCAUUGCCUGAGUUUGGCAAAUUAGUAUGUAAUUUAUGAGUGCAAAGAAAUUUCAUGUUAUCAAAUUAGUAAGUUUUCAAUGCCAUUUAUGUGAAUGACUUAUAGGAAUUGUGUUA